UUUGGAGUUGAUUUCACUGUGAUUUGUUUUGGGAGCUUUCCUUGGAAAAACCUCUCGUGUUUCUGCCUCAAUGCGCUAUGCUUUGCUUCUCAAUGCCUUGGAGAGGAUCCAGCGCAUAACUAAUUCGCCCAUGAAGGGGACAAAGCCUCCUCUGGGUCCAGAGAGUGGUGGCACCUUCCUGGCAGCCUUCGAGUAUUCGGACAAGCUCAACCAACAGGUGCUGAGUUUGGAGGCAGACAACGUAGAACUUCAAGAUGGCAAGAAGUUGCUGGAGGCAGAGAAUCAGGCCUUGAAGGGGAAGAUUGCAGAGUUGCAGCUGCAGUGUGAAAAGCUGAGAGACACCUCCAUCCAUACGCACCAAGACAAAGAGGCUGCAAUCCUUCAAGCACGUGAAGCUUUACAGUCCAAGCAGGCUGAAGUGAUGUUGGCACGGAAAGCUGAGGAAGAUGUGAAGCAGCAAGUGGAAGCAAUUUCGGAGGAGAACUUGCGCUUAAGUGGGAUUGCAGAGAAAUUGCAAGGAGAGCGUUCUCAACUGCACCGGACUUGCCUGGGAUUGGAGGCAAGCAUCAAGUCAUGUCAGACGGAACUGGGCCAAAGGGCCAAGGCCGAGCAAGAUGGCUUGAAAUUACGAAAUGCCUUGGAGCUUCGCUUGAACGACCUCUCCUUGCAGAACAAGCGCCUCUCUGACAUGGCCGGCUUCUACCGAGCCGACCUUGCGCAGCUGCAAGAGCUCCGGGAGGAGGUCUUGAAGGAACGCCACAAGAGCACGCGUUUAGCCGAAGACCUGGAGCAUUCUCGGCGGGAUGUGGUUUGGCUUCGACAUCGUUUGGCCGAGCUGGACCAACGGAACAGCGAGAUCUGGGCAGAGGUGGAGCACUGGCGCCAUGCCGAGAAGGCGGCUACAGCUCACCACCCCAGGUUGGAAGAGGCGAUGAAGCGUGAGAGCGCUUUGGCUGAUACUCUUCGCCAGCGCAUCGCAGACCUUGAGGAGCAGGUGGCAAAAGCUCUCCACGCCCAAGCUGCUGCAGAGGCCGACUGCGCCGGCGCAAAAUCGCAGCUGGCUAGCAGCCGUUCAGAGAUUUCAAAGCUGGCCGAUGCGGCUGCACGCUUGGCCGCGGAGAAGUCGCAUGCCGAGCAGAUGGCCUCCUUGGCCCAUGCGGAGAAAGAGGAGGCACAUCGGAAGCACCAUGUGCUGGAGAAGGAACACCUUCCUAAGCUGAUGGCACAGCACCAGGCGGCUGCCGGCAAUGUGGGAGAUCUGCGACAUCGACUGGCACAGUUGGAAGGAGAGAACACGCUGCUCAAGGGCAAAGUCUCGGAAGCAGAGGUGUUGAUCAGAGGCUUAAGAGCUGAAUGCUCCAAGCUGCCGGGUCGACAUGCACGGGCCAGCUCUUCGACGCAUGAAGCGCCAACCUCGGACUUGCAACGGUCGAUUUCUGCAGUUCAUCCCAGCCCGUCUGAGGGUUAUCCUUGCAGUCUCACGCCAAUGGCCCCUUCGUUGAUGCCAAUGAUGCAUCCCAUGUCAAAAAUGAGGCACGGAUGGACUCACAUAUGCUUUUAGUUUAAGAGGUUCUCCUUUUGGACUCUUGGACUGGACCAAGUCAAGCCUCCAUGUCGGCCGGUCCGCAGAGAGUUCGCCCUUCUGCGCCGGUCCGCAGAACGUAGUGCUCAAGGGUCGGGACCAAAGUUUCAAGAGACCGCUGAGAGUCGCACGUCGCAAGCGAUGUUCACACUAUCAGGAGGUUUGCGCUCUUCGGUGCUGGGCUAUGUACAAAAUGUGCCGCAUGCUGCUGCGCAGGCAAGGCCUGAAGAAAGCAAGCCAGAGAUGUCCCGUUCUGAGAGUCUGGAUGGAGCUUACCAGAUUGGUGCGCAGAGGCGCAGCACUUCCUUGCUGGGGAUGGUGAGCCCCGAGGACCGGAAGCCCUCGGUGGAUGGAUGGACCGAGGACUUCGACCGACCUGGACCCAGCUUCAAAAUCGGUUGCCGUCGGAAGGCGGUGGCCCUCCUGUAGGAGCUGCCUUGGCUGAGGGGCCCAGCCUCUCACGUAGUAUAGGAGCAUCAAUUUGGAUGCUCAAAGGCCAUCUCCUUGGCUGAGACAACUAACUCGUGGCCGAACGGAGCAUGAACAGAGACGAAGUGAGUUCCUUGCAAAGGAAGCUGAGCUGUGGGAAACAUGCAUGGAGGAUCAUGGAGGUGGU